GCACCUUCAUAUGUGGCUUGUGAUGCUAUUCUAUAUAUAUGUGUGUGUGUGCAGAGAGAUCUCUUCCAAGUAAUGAUCACAAGUUCAGUCCAUCUUCCCCUAUACUCCGUUUUCUUCUCCUUCUGUAACUUGCUUGUUCUUUGCAGAAAAUAAAGCAUAUCUACAGAUUCACUGCAACACUGAACUCGGGAGGAAGAGGGUGAAAGAAAAGAGAUGAGAUCUUCCAAGGAGCCAGUGAAAGGAGAGAUGGGAAGCAAAGAUAGGAAAUCUGUAGCUGUGAUUUUCAGGUAUGCCGAUUGGGUUGAUGUUGUACUGAUGUUGUUGGGUACUGUUGGAGCAAUCGGAGAUGGGAUGUCAACAAACUGCUUAUUAGUCUUCGCCAGCCGUCUCAUGAACAGCUUAGGAUUUGGAGAGACACAAGAGAAUCAAGGAAAUUUCAUGGGUGGUGUAGAAAAGUGCAGUCUGUACUUUGUAUACUUGGGCUUAGCAGUCAUGAUGGUGGCUUUUAUGGAAGGCUAUUGCUGGAGCCGAACCAGUGAAAGGCAGGUACUGAGGAUUCGUUACAAAUAUUUGGAAGCUGUUCUUAGACAGGAAGUUGGCUUCUUUGAUUCACAAGAGGCAACUACUUCUGAGGUUAUAAACAGUAUAUCCAACGAUACUUCACUGAUGCAAGAGCUUCUAAGUGAGAAGGUGCCACUGUUUCUGAUGCACAUGUCUGUGUUCAUCUCUGGACUUGCAUUCUCGAUGUACUUUUCAUGGAGGCUUUCCCUGGUAGCCUUUCCUCUGGUUGCUCUUCUGAUUAUUCCUGGAAUGAUAUACGGGAAGUACCUUCUCUACCUUUCCAAGAAAUCCUACAAGGAAUACGGCAAAGCAAAUACCAUCAUAGAGCAGGCUCUAAGCUCCAUUAAGACGGUUUAUUCGUUCACCGCCGAGAGGAGAAUUGUGGAGAGAUAUUCAGCAAUAUUGGAUACAACAACAAAACUGGGAAUCAAGCAGGGUAUUGCCAAAGGGCUGGCGGUGGGAAGCACUGGGCUUUCAUUUGCCAUAUGGGCUUUCCUUGCUUGGUAUGGAAGCCGAUUGGUCAUGUACAAAGGAGAAAGUGGAGGACGCAUUUGGGCUGCUGGGAUUUCAUUCGUCUUGGGUGGACUGUCUCUGGGCAUGGCUCUCCCAGAGCUGAAAUACUUCACAGAAACUUCAGUGGCUGCAACUCGUAUUUUCAGUCGGAUUGAUCGAAUUCCGGCCAUUGACGGAGAAGACAGGAAAGGUCUAGUAUUAGAGCAAGUUCGUGGUGAAUUCGAAUUUGAAUCCGUCAAAUUCACAUACCCAUCUCGACCCGAUACUGUUGUGCUUAAAGAUUUCAGUCUCAAGGUUGAAGCAGGAAAGACUGUAGCUCUUGUAGGUGCCAGUGGGAGUGGAAAGUCGACCGCAAUUGCAUUACUGCAACGAUUUUACGACGCCGACGACGGAGUAGUGAGGAUCGAUGGAGUGGAUAUUAAGACGUUGCAGUUAAAAUGGAUUAGGGGGAAAAUGGGUCUUGUUAGUCAGGAACAUGCCCUAUUCGGGACAUCCAUAAAGGAGAAUAUCAUGUUUGGAAAACCGGAUGCCACCAUGGAUGAGAUCAUUGCUGCAACCAUGGCUGCAAAUGCUCACGACUUCAUAAGACAGCUUCCUGAAGGCUAUGAGACUAAGGUUGGUGAACGCGGAGCUCUUCUAUCAGGGGGACAAAAACAACGGAUCGCCAUUGCUAGAGCCAUCAUCAAGAACCCGGCAAUUCUCCUCCUUGACGAAGCUACGAGUGCCCUUGAUUCAGAAUCCGAGACACUGGUCCAAAAUGCCCUUGAUCAGGCCUCCAUGGGAAGAACCACCCUGGUGAUUGCACACAAGUUCUCGACGGUGAAGAACGCAGACCAAAUCGCAGUGGUCAAUGGCGGUUCUAUUAUUGAAAUUGGAUCUCACAACGAGCUCAUUAACAAAACAAACGGUCAUUAUGCAAGACUGGCAAAAUUACAGAGGCAGUUCAGCUGUGACGAUACUGAACAAACGUCAGAAUUAUGCCAUAUGUCUUCAUCGGUUGCAAGAAGUAGUGCUGGCCGGUUGAGUAUAAACAAGAGCCCCACUUCAUUCAUGUCACCGUUUCCUGUUGAGAAUCCGUUGCCUGUGUCUUAUCCCCCUCCAUCUUUCACUCGGCUUCUGUUGUUGAAUUCUCCUGAAUGGAAGAACGGUGUCAUGGGAAGCCUCUCUGCGAUUAUCUUCGGUGCAGUCCAACCCGUUUACGCCAUAACCAUCGGUGGCAUGAUCUCUGCCUUUUUCGUCCAGAGCCACGUAGAGAUGCGCGCACGGAUCCGAACAUACUCCUUAGUCUUCUCCUCCCUUUCCCUCAUCUCCAUACUCAUCAACCUCUCCCAACACUACAAUUUCGCCUACAUGGGUGAGCACCUCACCAGAAGAAUUCGAUUGAGAAUGCUAGAGAAGAUCUUAACAUUCGAAACCGCAUGGUUUGAUGAAGAACACAACUCAAGUGGCGCCUUAUGUUCCAGGCUGAGUAAUGAAGCUUCCAUGGUUAAAUCAUUAGUCGCGGAUAGGUUGUCCCUUUUAGUGCAGACCUCUUCGGCCGUGAUCAUUGCCAUGGUGAUGGGUUUAGCAGUUGCUUGGAAGCUUGCACUAGUCAUGAUUGCCGUUCAACCGCUGACAAUACUAUGCUUCUAUACAAGAAAAGUUCUACUCUCUAGCAUUUCACUGAAUUUCAUAAAGGCGCAAAAUCAGAGCACCCAGAUCGCAGUGGAGGCCGUGUACAAUCACAGGAUCGUUACAUCAUUUGGAAGUUUAGGGAAGGUCCUUGAGCUCUUUGAUGAAGCUCAAGAGGAGCCAAGGAAGGCAGCGAGGAAGAAAUCGUGGCUAGCUGGGAUAGGGAUGGGUUCUGCACAAUGCCUGACUUUCAUGUCAUGGGCUCUGGACUUCUGGUUUGGUGGGAAGUUGGUGGAAUCAGGACAGAUAUCAGCUGGGGACGUCUUCAAGACCUUCUUCAUAUUGGUGAGCACUGGGAAGGUUAUAGCUGACGCCGGGAGCAUGACGUCCGACCUAGCCAAGGGCGCCACUGCAGUUGCAUCGGUGUUCGAGGUGCUUGACAGACAAUCCCUGAUCCCGGGGUCUUACUCUUACCAUGGGCCGGGAAACGGUACCUGCAGUGGCAGGAAGUUGGACAAGGUAAGUGGUUGGAUAGAGAUGAAGAAGGUUGAUUUUGCAUACCCAAGUCGACCGGGAUGUCUAGUGUUACGCCAAUUCAGCCUAGAGGUGAAGGCCGGCAAGAGCAUCGGCCUAGUCGGAAAAAGCGGGUGCGGCAAAUCAACAGUGAUAGGAUUAAUUCAGAGGUUCUAUGAUGCAGAGAGAGGGACGGUGAAGGUGGAUGGGACGGACAUAAGGGAACUUGAAGUUGGGUGGUACAGAGGCCACACCGCACUUGUGAGCCAAGAGCCAGUCAUAUAUUCCGGCAGCAUACGUGACAACAUCGUCUUUGGAAAGCUAGAAGCCUCCGAGAGCGAGGUGGUCGAGGCUGCCAAGGCUUCUAAUGCACACGAUUUCAUCUCGGCGCUAAAAGAUGGGUACGAGACAGAAUGCGGGGAACGUGGAGUGCAACUAUCAGGGGGGCAGAAGCAGAGAAUCGCAAUAGCAAGAGCAAUCAUAAGGAAUCCGACGAUACUGUUACUGGAUGAAGCUACUAGCGCCCUCGACGUUCAGUCGGAACAAGUUGUGCAGGAGGCAUUGGAUAGGAUCAUGGUGGGGAGGACCACCAUUGUAGUGGCCCAUCGCCUCAAUACCAUCAAGAAGCUGGACUCCAUUGCUUUUGUUGCAGAUGGAAAGGUGGUAGAGCGAGGAACUUAUGCACACCUCAAGAGCAAGCAAGGUGCUUUCUACAACCUUGCUACCCUUCAAACAUAAGUCAUCUAUAUCUAUAUCUAUCUAUAUAUAUAUAUGCACUUGUCACUUGUGUGUGAUCGACUACUUGUUAAUUUGUCACUCCUAGCUACCUCUUAACUAAUUAAUUAAUACGCAGGA